AUGAAGACAUGGCGUGGUCUUAGUCAUCGAACACUUAGGACGAAUGCGUCCCUUCGCUGGUCGUCAACAAUACAGAAACCUGCCAACAUCGCAUCAUUACUCAAGUCCUCUGCCGAAACCACCGACGAGUCUACACCAGAGAUUGAAAUUAAUGGCUAUGUACGGACCAUUAGAAAACAGAAACGUAUAGCUUUUGCCGCUGUUGGGGAUGGUUCAUCUAUGCAACCCGUGCAGGCUGUCUUGACGCCGGAUCAAGCUUUGUCUUUGUCGACUGGAGAUGCGAUCAGACUACGUGGUAAUUGGCAAAAAUGCCCCCCAGGUAAAGCCCAAACACAUGAGCUGCAAGUGUCAGAAGCCACAAAACUCGGAUACAAUGAUGCUACCACAAACCCUAUUCAAAAGAAAUACCAAAGUCCAGAAUUUCUGAGAACAUUGCCACAUCUCAGGUCUCGACUUCCUUUCAACGCACUCGUUCUUCACCUCCGAUCGCAAGUCAUUGGCAGCAUCACAAACUUUUUCAUCAAGGAAGGCUUUGUACAAACACAUCCACCUAUCCUCACUUCAUCGGAUUGCGAAGGUGCAGGCGAGGUGUUCACGGUAUCAUCCAAUGCUUCCAAGGAUAGCAUUCAAAAGUCGGAGGACGGUGAAGUCGAGCACUUCUUCCGCGCACCAAAGUACCUCACCGUAUCUUCUCAACUGCACCUCGAAGCUCUGGCGCAAUCCGUCGGCAAUGUAUGGACCCUAUCACCGACCUUUAGAGCAGAGAAGAGCGAUACACCUCGCCACCUUAGCGAGUUCUACAUGCUCGAAGCGGAAAUGUGUUUCGUGGACGAUGCCAAUCAAGUCAUGAAUUUGAUUGAAAACAUGUUAUCGACCAUGGCAUCAGACCUGCAACAAUCACACACAGUACAGCAAAUCCUUCAAGCCAAAGCAAGUCAGACCUCAGAAGAAGCCGCCGAAGAAGGCGCCGUCACCGCCGACCAACUCUCUCGACGAUGGCAAGGUAUGGCUCAAUCCAACUGGCCCAGAGUCUCAUACGCCAAAGCCAUAGAAACAUUGGAAGAGGCCAUGAAGCAAGGCACAGUUUUCCAAUUCACUCCCUCAUGGGAGGAAGGUCUUCAAGCCGAACACGAACGCUUCCUGGCCGAACACUUUGGCAAAGGCCAACCUGUGUUUAUUGCUGACUACCCCAUCGAGCAAAAGCCAUUCUACAUGUCAAAAACACCCGGAAGCGAUCGCACAGUCGCUUGCUUCGACCUCCUUGUCCCCGAUCUCUGCGAGUUGAUCGGAGGCUCCAUGCGCGAGCAAAAUUUGCCUGCUAUCCAAAAAGCAAUGCAAGCACGUGGUAUGCUGCGAGAGCUAACACCAGAACAACGAGCUGCUGGUGAAAGCGAGAUUCCUGAGUACAAACUCUACGAGGGCCUGCCGCCCAACUUCAGUCUGGCGGCCAACAUGGCAGCCGGUGCCUUUGCCGGUGUCGCCGAACACUCGGUCAUGUACCCCAUUGACUUGUUGAAGACACGAAUGCAAGUCAUGAGCCCGACGCCCGCGGCCAUCUACACCGGACUUGGAAACGCCAUCGCUACCAUUUCACGAGCCGAGGGCUACUUGUCAUUAUGGAGGGGAUUGUCGAGUGUGAUUGUCGGCGCCGGACCCGCGCACGCCGUCUACUUCGCUACAUACGAGGUUGUCAAGCAGCAGAUGGGUGGAAACGCAGCAGGCCACCACCCUCUGGCAGCCGCAACCAGCGGUGCCUGUGCAACAAUUGCCAGCGAUGCCUUUAUGAACCCCUUUGACGUUAUCAAGCAGCGCAUGCAAGUACACGGAAGUGUCUACACAUCAAUCACCCAAUGCGCACGCUCCGUCUUCCGCAACGAGGGUCUCCGCGCCUUCUACGUCUCGUACCCCACCACCCUCGCCAUGACCGUCCCCUUCACCGCCCUCCAAUUCACCGCUUACGAAUCUAUCACAAAAGCCAUGCACCGCCGCGACGGCUACGACCCGUUGACUCACUGCACUGCUGGUGGUCUUGCUGGAGGUAUCGCCGCUGCUGCCACCACACCUCUCGACGUUAUCAAGACUUUGUUGCAAACCAGAGGUAGCUCCACCGAUGCCGAGAUCAGAGGCGCCAAGGGCUUGUUCGACGCUGCUGGUAUUAUCGCGAGAAGAGAUGGCGCAAAGGGUUUCUUCAGGGGUAUGAAGGCUAGAGUUGUCACUGCUGCACCCAGCACUGCUAUUUGCUGGUCUGCCUACGAGGUCGCCAAGGCAUACUUCAUCCGCGCCGAGGAAGCCAAAUGA